GCUUGCUGCUGCUGCUGCUGGCUGUCCGCUCUCCUCCUCAGUGUCUGUCAUCCUCUGCACACUCACCGCUCCCCCUGUCUGUGUGCUCACUUCCCCUGCCAACCGCUCACCAUACAUGUCCCCUAUCUGCUGCUGCCUCUCCCCCUCCUCUCUGCCCUCACCUGCAUUCUGCCCUUUGCUGCCUCUCCCCCUCUCUGCCCUCACCUGCCUUCUGCCCCUCGCUGCUGCUGCUGCCUCUUCCCCUCCUCUCUGCCUUCUCCUGCCUUCUGCCCCUCGCUGCUGCUGCUCCCUUUCCCCCUCCUCUCUGCAUUCUGCCCCUCGCUGCUGCUCCCUUUCCCCCUCCUCUCUGCAUUCUGCCCCUCGCUGCUGCUCCCUUUCCCCCUCCUCUCUGCAUUCUGCCCCUCGCUGCUGCUGCCUCUUCCCCUCCUCUCUGACCUCUCCUGCAUUCUGCCCCUCACUGCCUCUCCUCCUCCUCCUCUCUGCCCUCUCCUGCAUUCUACCCCUCGCUGCAGCUGCCACCAGGAAUGAAUGAGGGCUGCUCCUGGUCUCUCCCUGGCUGUCAUCCUGCCAUCUGAGGCUCGGCAGAGCUCCGGAGAGAACGCCAGCCUCCAGCCAGCACCAGCCUCCGCAGAGUGACCGAUGUAAAGUGGGUACUCCCAGCGCUGUGCAUUGCCCGACAUCAGUAUGCCGGGGGGCGAGUUCUCCUGUAGAUGGGCACAGGGAUCGUUCCUCGUCUGCUCGCUCUCUCUGUGUGCCGCCUCGUACCUCCUCUCUUGCCCCCCAUCGUGCACCUGUAACAGCAGCGGAAUGGAGGUGGACUGCAGCGGCCGGGGACUCACAGCCGUGCCUCCUGACAUUCCGCAGGGAACCCGAAUCCUCCUGCUGCUCAACAACCGCAUAAGUUCUCUGUCCGGGGGGCCCUUCUCCAACCUGACGUCCUUGCACCGCCUGGACCUCUCCAACAAUUUCCUGGACCAGCUGCCCUCGCAGCUUUUUGGGGAGCUGGGAAACCUCACCGAGGUACGCCUGCGCAACAACAGCAUCCGCGGCCUGGAACGAGACCUCCUGCAGGGGCUGCCCCAACUGCGCCGGCUGGACCUCUCCCUCAAUUUCUUGGCUCUGCUGCCCCCCGGGCUCUUCGAUGACCUCCCCAUGCUGCACUGGCUGUCGCUGCGCUCCAAUCGGCUGCACAGUCUGGACAGGUUGACCUUUGAACCCCUGGGCAGUUUGGAGAACAUUCAGCUGGGGGACAACCCCUGGGAGUGCGACUGUAACCUGCGCGACUUCAAACACUGGAUGGAGUGGUUCACUUACCGAGGAGGGAAGAUUGACGAGCUGCAGUGCACCCUCCCCAAGGAUCUGCGGGGGCGGGACAUGCGGAUGGUGCCCGUGGAGAUGUUUAGCUACUGCUCACAGCUGGAGGAUGAAAACAGCUCAGGGCCUGCAGAGAGGCCGGCCCCGCCCUGCUCCAAGACAAACCCCACCCACGCGGUACCGGAGCUGGGAUCAGACUGCCCGCAGAGGCAAAGGUAUCGACCAGCUAGCGUCCGACGAGCCAUCGGCACGGUGAUAAUUGCCGGGGUAGUCUGCGGUGUGGUCUGCAUUAUGAUGGUGGUGGCCGCGGCUUACGGAUGCAUCUACGCUUCCCUUAUGGCAAAGUACCACCGAGAGCUGAAAAAACACCAGCCCCUUAUGGGUGACACUGAGGGGGAACAAGAAGAACAGAGGCAGAUCUCGUCUGUUGCAUGAGGAUGGCGCUGUAACACGUCCACGCGUGGCUGCUACAAUGUAUCUAUUUCGGGGAGCAAGAGGCUGCAUUGGUGUGUACCCUAAUUUCCCAGGAACGUAGUAAAAUAUAAAAUGUCCUAUUUAGCCACCUACAGCCGAGUGCAAGACAAAGCACAUUCUACCGUUUGUGGGCGCAAGCUGGGCGCCUCCGAGGGCGACGGCAACAAAACAUGAAUCAAUAUUUGGGUGCAUGAAUCAAUCUAAUGGGAAGGAACCAAAAAUUACAGAUGCACUAAAAAAAAAUUACAGAAAAAUGUUUCAACCAUUUUUAAAUAGAAAAUAAAUUCAAAAACAAUUGCAAAAAAAUCCGAUUGGAUAGACAGAAAACACGGGCAACUUCUGCGGCCGCCCAAAUGAGCCCAGCGGUACAAAUUAUCACGCUACAAGAGAGCGAAUAUGCUUGGUGUGCGGACAAUGAGACAAAAGAAUAAGCCCCACUCAUCAGCCAUCACUGACAGACACCGACUGACACUAUGGGGGGGUGAUAACUUGUUUCAGGUCUCAGGGAUCCUGGGUGAGUCUGAUCACGGAGACUGGUGUCUGUUGGUAGAUCUGGUCCCCAGCAAUAAGAUCUGAGCGUAGCUGAGAUCACCUACAGUAGAGCUGCAAUAAAUCAGACGACCGUCGCCCAUACGCCACUGCAAUCAUCGAUUUGCUGGUUUUUCUUUUCCUGUAUUCAUUUGCCAGAGAGGUUUGUAGGGUUUCUUUUUAUACACUGAUGUAUGAUACCCCAUCAAAGGCGGUUCCUAACGAGGCUGCAGGGACUCAGACGUUACAGUUAUAUACUUCAGUCAUUUUUAUAUGUCACUUUCCAUAUGUCACUACAGCAAUGCCUCUGGCAGCGGCUGCUAGCGAGAGACUAAGUGCAGAGGCUGAGCUACCACUGGCUCUCUGGUUGCUGCAAGCGGUUCCUGUGUGACUAUGUGCAGAGGCUGAGCUACCACUGGCUCUCCGGUUGCUGCAAGCGGUGCCUGUGUGACUAUGUGCAGAGGCUGAGCUACCACUGGCUCUCUGGUUGCUGCAAGCGGUUCCUGUGUGACUAUGUGCAGAAGCUGAGCUACCACUGGCUCUCCGGUUGCUGCAAGCGGUUCCUGUGUGACUAUGUGCAGAGGCUGAGCUACCACUGGCUCUCCGGUUGCUGCAAGCGGUUCCUGAGUGACUCUGUGCAGAGGCUGAGCUACCACUGGCUCUCUGGUUGCUGCAAGCGGUUCCUGUGUGACUAUGUGCAGAGGCUGAGCUACCACUGGCUCUCCGGUUGCUGCAAGCGGUUCCUGAGUGACUCUGUGCAGAGGCUGAGCUACCACUGGCUCUCUGGUUGCUGCAAGCGGUUCCUGUGUGACUAUGUGCAGAGGCUGAGCUACCACUGGCUCUCCGGUUGCUGCAAGCGGUUCCUGAGUGACUCUGUGCAGAGGCUGAGCUACCACUGGCUCUCCGGUUGCUGCAAGCGGUUCCUGUGUGACUAUGUGCAGAGGCUGAGCUACCACUGGCUCUCUGGUUGCUGCAAGCGGUUCCUGUGUGACUAUGUGCAGAGGCUGAGCUACCACUGGCUCUCCGGUUGCUGCAAGCGGUUCCUGAGUGACUCUGUGCAGAGGCUGAGCUACCACUGGCUCUCCGGUUGCUGCAAGCGGUGCCUGUGUUACUAAGUGCAGAAGCUGAGCUACCACUGGCUCUCCGGUUGCUGCAAGCGGUGCCUGUGUGACUCUGUGCAGAAGCUGAGCUACCACUGGCUCUCCGGUUGCUGCAAGCGGUUCCUGAGUGACUGUGCAGAAGCUGAGCUACCACUGGCUCUCCGGUUGCUGCAAGCGGUGCCUGUGUGACUCUAUGCAGAAGCUGAGCUCCCACUGGCUCUCCGGUUGCUGCAAGCGGUGCCUGUGUUACUAAGUGCAGAAGCUGAGCUACCACUGGCUCUCCGGUUGCGGCAAGCGGUGCCUGUGUGACUCUGUGCAGAAGCUGAGCUACCACUGGCUCUCCGGUUGCUGCAAGCGGUGCCUGUGUUACUAAGUGCAGAAGCUGAGCUACCACUGGCUCUCUGGUUGCUGCAAGCGGUGCCUGUGUUAUUAAGUGCAGAAGCUGAGCUACCACUGGCUCUCUGGUUGCUGCAAGCGGUUCCUGUGUGACUAUGUGCAGAAGCUGAGCUACCACUGGCUCUCUGGUUGCUGCAAGCGGUUCCUGUGUGACUCUGUGCAGAAGCUGAGCUACCACUGGCUCUUCGGUUGCUGCAAGCGGUGCCUGUGUGACUCUGUGCAGAAGCUGAGCUACCACUGGCUCUCCGGUUGCUGCAAGCGGUGCCUGAGUGACUCUGUGCAGAAGCUGAGCUACCACUGGCUCUCCGGUUGCAGCAAGCGGUGCCUGUGUUACUAAGUGCAGAGGCUGAGCUACCACUGGCUCUCUGGUUGCUGCAAGCGGUUCCUGUGUGACUAUGUGCAGAAGCUGAGCUACCACUGGCUCUCCGGUUGCUGCAAGCGGUUCCUGUGUGAAUAUGUGCAGAAGCUGAGCUACCACUGGCUCUCCGGUUGCUGCAAGCGGUGCCUGAGUGACUCUGUGCAGAAGCUGAGCUACCACUGGCUCUCCGGUUGUUGUCAAUCGCCAUCUACCGGAAGGCAGCAGCAGUGACUGGCAAAGCAAUGCUGGGUAUUGUAGUUCAGACACAGCUCGCCAUCCAAAGGCCACCUAUCCUUUGCCAUAUAGGACAUUUUUCACACCGUCGUCUAAUUAUACAGUAAGGGUGAGUGUGGGGGCGUCCGCAGGGCUCUGGCUAAUAAGAAUUUGUCACCUGGGCCGCUGUUCAGGAGCCGGAACGGAUGUCGCCAUUUGUUUUGUUAUAUCGUCACUUCUCAGAUUCCUGGAUCAUGGCAUUUUUUUCAUGUUUUCUGGAAAACGGGACCUUCAUAAACUAAUAUUUAAACACUGUUCACCUGGGGGAAUACCUGCGCACUCUAGUACCAAGGCCAUGAGACGCUGCAUUCCUAGGAAGACGCAGCGCGGUAGCGGCCAGGCAGGACUGGUGGUCGCUCACACCGAGCUGGACGGUGGGACUCAAAUCAUAGUUUUAAAGUUUGUUGUAUUUUUAUUUUCCUUUUAAAUAAGCACAGAGUGUGCGAGGGGGCGUUGUGUACUCUAGGAAGAAACUGGAAUUUACAUCGCUGUAAAACAAUAUAUUUUUAUAUUACAUAGGAUAGAAUAUUUAUCUUGCUCACUGGUCAGAUCCUGUCACCUCGGUGGAAUCCCCCCCUCACCCCUUGUGUGUGUGCCCAGAUCAAUGUAUAGUCUGUGUAACUGAUGCACUUUAUCUAUGGUAACAAAUGUGGUCCCUCAUCAUUAGCUGUGUAAUCCGUCGUCACUAUGACCCGAGCAAAAUAAUCCCAAGUACGCCAAGACCCUGCCGUACCCAGCGCACCCGCUAACCGCUACACACAAUGGGGGGGGGGGGGGCAGCCAGGAAUAACGCAAAUGCUGGCGAGCUGCUUUAUGCGACUGAUCCAUCAUCUACAAAACAGCUUCCCCCGCUUUCACUGUGUGUAGGGGACUAGUGCAUUCUAAAACCACAAGGGGUCACGGUUGCUAUUACUCUCUAUAAGAAGAAAAUGUAGGCAGUGUUUUAUGCCCCUCACGCACAGGCAGCCGCCAACACACAGUAAGGCAGGGUCCUAAUCAUGCUGGAGGAAUUUGGGGAAAGAUUAAAGCAUUUGUGGCUAAGAUUGGCACUGGCCAAGCCACUAGCCGCUCUGGAGGGAUUAAACAGGCAUAUCCUGCAACCCAGGACUGAUCGUAUACACUGAGUACUAGUGUCAUAUUGCCUGAGAUCAGCCUCCCCUGCUACUGAGGGAGCGGGUUGCUGGUUUAAUGGCGUAAUAACCAUCCGUACAUUUGAUUCACUGGCAAACACCCAGAGCCAACAGCGAUAGCGUCUCCGACAGACCCUGGAGCUUAGUAACUGCAGGGCGGCUGUCGCCAGAGGCGGAACCAUCAGUCAUUUGUACAACGCACAGGUUUCAGCGCUCAAUAGCGCCACACACCGUGGAAGGAGUGGUUACUGCCCCUCUAACCUCUUCCAGGGCUGGGCCAUAAAUUCAACAGGUCAUAGGGCCAACCAAUGUACAUCUGAGUAAAGGAAACUAGACUUGUGCCCCUUGCUUCCAAGUAACCGUCACUUAAGCACUGCUUAGCUAAGCCAUGAGGGCCUGAGUAAUAUUUAUGAGGACUGAUUAAUAUUCACGAGGCCUGAGCAAUAUUUAUGAGGACUGACUAAUAUUCAUGAGGCCUGAGUAAUAUUCAUGAGGCCUGAGUAAUAUUUAUGAGGCCUGAUUAAUAUUCAUGAGGACUGAGUAAUAUUCAUGAGGACUGAGUAAUAUUCAUGAGGACUGAGUAAUAUUUAUGAGGACUGACUAAUAUUCAUGAGGCCUGAGUAAUAUUCAUGAGGCCUGAGUAAUAUUCACGAGGCCUGAGUAAUAUCUAUGAGGCGCUGGGUCCUAGAGCCUGAACGGGCUACAUUCUUGGGAAUAGUACUUUCCACAGUGUUUCGGUCACAGGGCCAUUUUAAUAAAUUGAGGUCUUGAGCAUUGUGACCCUAUAACGGAGUAAUCUUCACAAGUGGAAAGAAAGGAUGAACGAAUGUUUGUCUGGCCGCUGAGUGAUAUUACCAUGGAGAGCGCACUGAGCGCAAUGCCGUGUUUCUGUAUUAUUACCCCUCCCCAAUAACACCAUGAAAGUGCUUUCUGCGUUCCUGUAGACCAUACAAUUGGGGUGACCCCGGGUUUCCAAUUGGGGUGACCCCGGGUUUCCGUGGCUCUGGAUGGAUGCAAAGAGAAGUCAUACUGUCCCCUAGGAUAGCGCUGGCAUAUUCAGGGAUGUCUACCUCCAGUCUUACUCAUGCUGCCAUUAGAAGGGCAAUACAGGUAUUCCUAGCUGUGGAGUAGCACCGCCAGUGUUAUGCGGAAAUUAAAUACGACUUUCAAUUUUCUGAGAAAGCAGACUAUCAAUUCACUAGGAACCAGUGACAUCACUGAGGCAUGAGGCACGACUAAACUAAAUGCCUCAGUGAUGUCCAUGGCUCCAGGUGAGCUGAUGGGCUGCGAUCCCAGCCAGCGGAAUGGCUGCAGUGGUCACAGCUGCAGUUUACGAAGCUCCAAUUAGAAAUGUAAUUUUGAGCCAGAGACAGAGAAUGAGGCAUUAUGGGUAAGCAAUGGCGAAUAGACACUGUUCUCUGUAGGAAUCUGAAUAAACUGCUGCACGAGCGAUGGAACAUACAGGGCUGAUGUGAUCUGAGGGAUGGUAAUAGUACAGGGAUAAUUGGGUCACUGAUCCUGGGUGAGUCACAAUGCAGAGACUCUGCAGAGCAACAGGAGAUCCCCCCAUAUACCCCCCUCCCCGUCCUAUGUGUGUGUCAUUUGUGUCAGAGGGACACUGGCGUCCAGGUUAUUACUGUGAUUUCCUGAACUUGUGCUCUCUCCUAUUAAAGAUUGUAUUUCUGUA